AGGAGGAGGGCCUGGCCUCCACUCCACUCCACUCCCGGCGGGGCUGAGGCGAGAAGGAAGGCCCUGGUGCUGGUGCUGGUGCUGCUCUGAGGGGGAAGCCAUGGGGAGCUGCCUGAAGGAAGAGCUGCUGAAGCCCAUCUGGCACGCCUUCACCGCCCUCGACGUCGACCGCAGCGGCAAGGUCUCCAAGUCCCAGCUCAAGGUCCUUUCGCACAACUUGUGCACACUGCUGAAUGUUCCACAUGACCCUGUGGCUUUAGAAGAGCAUUUUAGAGAUGAUGAUGAAGGGCCUGUUUCCAAUCAGGGAUAUAUGCCUUAUUUAAACAGAUUCAUCUUGGAAAAGGUUCAAGGAAAUUUUGACAAAGUGGAAUUUAAUAAAAUGUGUUGGACACUGUGCGCCAAAAAGAACUUCACCAAAAAUACCUUGCUCCUUACUGAUGAUGAUGAUGCUUUUAAAGUGUGGGUCAUCUUCAAUUUCCUGUCUGAGGACAAAUAUCCACUGGUCAUUGUACCAGAAGAGAUUGAAUACCUGCUUAAGAAGCUAACCGAAGCCAUGGGAUUAGGCUGGCAUCAAGAACAGUUUGAACAUUACAAGGUUAUCUUGGAUGCUAAUGGGAAAGGUCUUUCUGCCUGGGAACUGAUUGAGCUUAUUGGAAGCGGCCAAUUUAGCAAAGGGAUAGAUAGACAAACAGUAUCUAUGGCAAUUAAUGAAGUCUUCAAUGAACUUAUAUUGGAUGUGUUGAAACAGGGUUAUAUGUGGAAGAAAGGCCACAGACGGAAAAACUGGACAGAACGUUGGUUUGUUUUAAAACCCAAUAUAAUAUCAUAUUAUGUGAGUGAAGAUUUGAAAGACAAAAGAGGAGAUAUAGCACUGAAUGGCAACUGUACUGUAGAGGCCUUACCUGAUAAAGAUGGAAAGAAAUGUCUGUUUCUUAUAAAUAGUUUUGAGAAAUGCUUUGAGAUUAGUGCCUCUGAUAAGAAAAAGAAACAGGAGUGGAUUCAAGCCAUUCAGACAACUGUAAAUUUGCUACGAUUAAAUAGCCCUCCACCUCACAAGGAGGCACGACAAAAACGGAAAGCAUUACGCCAGAAGCUUCAGGCUGAACAAGAGGAACUGGAGAAGCAAAUGAAAGAACUCCAAAUGGCAAAUGAGAACAAGCAGAAGGAACUGGAGACAGUCCGAAAGCAACUGGAAGAAGCUGCAGCUCGUGCUUCAGAGGAAGAGAAGAAGCGUCUGCAGACUCAAAUGGAAUUGCAAGAUCGAUUUAGCCUUGAACUGGAGAGAGAAAAAAUGGUAAGACAGAAGAUGGAAGAACAGGUUGCACAGAAGUCAUCUGAACUAGAACAGUAUUUACUAAGAGUAAAGGAACUAGAGGAAAUGUAUAAGCAGCUAGAGGAGGCCUUGGAAGAUGAGAAACAGGCACGCCAAGAUGAGGAGACUGUUAGGAGACUUCAAGCCAGGCUAUUGGAGGAAGAGUCUGCAAAAAGAGCAGAGCUGGAGAAGUGGCACUUAGAACAGCAACAGACCAUUCAGGUGACUGAAGCAGAGAAGCAAGAGCUGGAAAACCAGAGAAUGAUGAAAGAACGUGCUCUUCAAGUUGCCAUGCAACAGUUAGAACAACUGGAGGUGGAUAGGAAACAAGCACUUGAACAAUAUGAGGAAGUGAAAAAAAAGCUGGAAGUAGCAGCAAAUAAGACCAAGAGUUGGAAAGAUAAAGUAGCUCACCAUGAAGGAUUAAUUCGAUUAAUUGAACCAGGUAGUUCCAAGAAUCCUCACUUGAUCACAAAUUGGGGACCAGCAGCUUUCACUAAGGCUGAGCUUGAGCAGAGAGAAAAGAGCUGGAAGGGGAAAAGGAGCACUUCUGAGCAAUGAGCAUGGCUGGUGUAUUUUUAGAAGCUGAGAAGAAACUAAAUGUUACAUGAAAUAAUUUGCACCAAUUUAUUAUGAACUCUUUCAAAAUUUCCAUCAACAUGUUGAACUGGAUUACAAAAUACAAAGUGUCAACUGCAUAUAUAUUUUUUGGAAAUGAAUUCUCAGGCACAUAUGCAGGGAGCAUAAAUUCCACCAGAAUUGGGAGAGGUAGAAAUUAAGAUUGCCAGAGGUCUGCAUUAUUUCUGUUUGAAGUUUUUUAAAAAGGAAAUUUUUAUGUUCUCAUUUCAGUUGUGCUUUUUGAAACACAAAAGUCAUUGUGAAACAAAAUGGGCUAUUCAUACAUUUUCUUAUUCUAGGCUAGCUAAAUUUUUUAAAAUUUAAGCAGUUAGAUCUUUGGAGUUCUUAUCACUAGUUUGUACAUUCUACAGUCUCAUGAAGAAACACAUCAGCCCGUUUACUGAAUCAACAUAUCAUUUAAAUGUAUGGCUGAAAUGCCACUGGAUUCCUUCUCACAGAGAUACGGGAUGCUAUCAGGAAAACAGCUGAGGUUACAGUUUCUGAAUCAUUGUAAGCCUGUGAGAAAAGGAGAGAAAUCAUGAAUUGUGUGGGAAUAGACUGUGUUAUGUAGCCCAAAUGAUAGCUGAACAUUGGGCAGAAUCUUAUCUCCAAGUGGUACAAAUUAUUUGUAAUUUUGAGGAAUCCAAACAUUAUAUUUGACAAAAGAUAGGCCUUGGGAGAAUUUAAGCAAUCCUUUUUUAGAAAAUCUGGUUUACACAUUCCUGUGUAUGAUGCAAUGUUGGGCUUCUGCUGGCAGAACAGUGGAAUUCAGAAGUGGGUGAGAGGCAGCCUCCUAUUUCCAUAUGGAUACCCCAACUAUGCACUCCAGAAACUAGCCCCAAGGGGCUUAGGGACCAAUUUUGGGGAGCUCCAAGGGCAUUUGGGACAGACAUUCUGCUGUGCUCACAUUAUACCACUAGCAUCACAUUGGAUUUAGACCUAUACCUCAAUCCUGGUAACAUGAGCUCCUGUGCCUUUAAAAUAUUUUUGAAUACUUUUUUUUUUUUUUUUACAAAAUAGUCCUUACGUAUGUUGUGAGGGAAGAUCUUGUAUGUAUUCCAACUGCUUACUUUCUGUAAAUUUUGCACUGGCAAAGAAUUGAAUUGUUAUUGGUAGUGGGCUGGGAAUUGUGUCCACUUGGAUAUUCUAUAUUAGGCAUCAGGCACCAGUAAUUUAGUGCAUUAAACUUUUCAUAUCAAGUUUGUGCUUCAGAAACAAUUCUGCUAAGAAACCUUUAGCUCUCGGAGCACAAGUCCCCCCAGAAUAAUAUUGGAGGAAUAUUUCACUUUUGUCCCCCAGUGGCCACUCAGACUUUUUUUUUUCUAGUGACAAACAAACAAACAACCAUGUCCUGGAAACAUCUAGGUCUUUUAAAUAGGUCACUGGUGUCUCUUCCACUGUUGACAUAAAAAUACCUUCUUUUUUUCAAAACAAGGAGUGGCUAGAAGUACAUUUGUGUUGUUCUGUUUUGUGGCAUUGGCAAACUCCCCGAGGCAUAAUAUUGUCCUCCCUGGGCCAUUGAGGUUGCCCACCCCUGUUUUAUGCUCAGAAAUAUUCUUUUCCCAGAACAGUGAGCAAGCAUCUGUGUGAAACUGCAGGAUAGUAGUUAAUUCCACACCUCACCUCCCCCUUUGAUUUCUCCGUGUCCUUUUCUCAGUGAGUAAGGGAUCAGGGCUAUUACUCUGCUUUCUGGGCAGUACCAGUGCUUCUGGAAUUAUUACUCCUCUACCCAAGCACAAACUUCAUUAUAGAGUCUGAGAUGUUGAUGCCUUUUUUAAAAAAUUGCAUUAAAAUACAUGAUGAGUAGAACAGAAAUGUUACAUUGUUUGCAUAGGACAUAUGCUUUGUUUUCAUAGUACAUUGUAAAAGAGAAAGGGGUGCAAAAUGGAAAUAUAUCUGCACUUCCAUUUAUUAUUAUACAUUUCUUGCCCAUUUGCAGCAAAAGGAUGAAAAUUGGUGUUUCCCAGGAUUUGCCCAUUCUGGAUGCAGGAUAGUGGACAUAUGUAACAUGAUGUGCAGUUUCGGAAUCAGUGUUAAAGACAGUUGAUCUUUUGCUGAAUGAAAGUUACCUAACCUGCUCCAUGCAUUCCUACACAAUGCUUUCUUGGGAGUAAGAUCUACAGAACAUAGUGGUUCUUUGAGUGAAUGUGCAUAGGGCCACACCGGACAGAGGAGGAGGAAUAUUCUGAGAUUGGUAGUGUAAAAAUUCUUAACCUUUACAACCUCUGAUCAUACUACAGGCCAAUGAACUACUUUCUGAAUUAGAGGUGUUUGCUUAUUUAACUUGUUAACCCAUUGUCCUUGUUUUUUCAAAUAUGAGCAUUUCCCCCAAAGGCCUGAAUAAUUACUGCGGCUAAUAAUUACUAAAGUAUCUUGCAAAUAAUAUGUUUUUCAGUGUUUGAAUAUGGAAUAGUUUUACCGGAUUCUCUAUAUCUUAAUGAAAUGUUGCAACCUUCAAGAGAGGUUAUUUGCUUUGCUCUUGAACUCAUUGGGUGCAUCUACACUGACAGGAAAAUCUGACUUACCAUUGGGUUACCCUGCUCUGCAGCAACCAUGGGCUUUACACACACUGAAGUGAGUUGUCCAUUUCAAACACCCACUGAGUCAGAUAAAUCACAAUAUGUGUGGCCACACAGCUAUGGCUGCUCAGAGUUUCCCCAUUCCCCCCCCCCAUGCAUGCAAAUUUAUUUAUUUCUGAGCUACCUCCCCUGGUCUCAUACAAGCAUAACUAUGGAGUGCAGUGCACACACGUGUAAAUAUCUGGAUUUUCCAUUUAAAAUCAGUAUAAAUCCCCUCUCCCCCACCCCUGAAUAAAGCCCUGAGGCCAUGAAAAGUCCCAAUUGUCCCAUAUGUCAUUUGGAGAACUUGCUGUGAAAACUAAGUGAGACCAUUUUAUUUGGCCCAUGUAGGCGUGCCCAUGGAGGGAAUCAUGCAAACAGCAUUCUCCAUUUUAUUUGGUUUGUAGGAAAGUUAAUAAUAAACUUCAUGAAUCCAAGGACUGCAGUAUUCUUAGAAAGGAAGUUCAGGUUGAUGAUUACAGACUGGAACAAGAACACUUCUAAAUGUAGUAAACCUUUGUUUCAUGAGUAACUAAAUUGGAAAAUUUUGGGAGUAUCUGUGAACCUCAAAGCAAAGUACCAGAGCAAAUCUAUACAAAAGAUGUAAGUUUGUUCCAGAGGCAUGACAGUUUUAUAGCACUCCAAUAUGGUUUCUAGGCCUUUGGUUUUCUCUGGAAAAGCUUUUUUUAGUGGAAUUUUUGGGUUUCUCAAAUGUGUUGCUUGUUCUGUUCUACAUUUCUAUGUGCUGCGUUCUAAUUUUGGAGGCUGACCUAACUUCAUUGGCUUUGAAUAUGUCUUCCAGCCAGUUCCAAGACCCUUAUUUGGCAGGUACUUGUCAAAUCUUUAUGUUAGAGACAAACAAAUAAAAAUAAUUAAAUAAAAUUUUCCUGCCACUGAAUUUUUUUCUUUCUGUAUGUUGUCCUUGGAUGCAGAUUUAGUGAGCUUUUGAAUUCAACAAAGACUGAUGCCUUCUUUUCAUGGGCCAAAAGGCCUGUUUCUCCCCAUGUUCUGGCAUCAUCCUGUCCUGAUGACAUACAGCCCAAGUCCUGGUUCUGGUGUGAGUAAAUCCAGACAAUGUCUGGCAUGUCCUUGACCAGGACUGGGGCAUAACAAGGUUAUAAUGGAUUUUAAAAGCCUACCUCUGUUUCUGUGCUGUUGUGACUGUCUGCAUGGGCAUCCUGCUGGGCUCCCAUGGGUCACUUGUUCUGAGGUCAGAACAAAGUGCCCAGCAUAUGACCAUUGUUGACUGUCUUGUUCUGAGCUCAAAAGUGAGCCUGCCAUGGCAACGAUGGACAGGCCAGGUGGCUCAGUGGGACACCCAUGAAGACAGCUGCUGCAGUGAAGAAACAGACCAAAGCCAGGAUACUCUGGGCUGCUCCUGGAACAUUUUGGCCAGUAAAGACAAGGCCUAAGUUAUUGGAUUUGAAGGGACUAAGAACUUGUGCCUAUGCACCUUGCAGGUUUUCAGGUUUACUCCAGCCUGUCCCUGAUAGCAGUAUUCCUUGUGUAAAAUUCUUGAAAUUACCAAGUACUGAAAUAUUAUUCUUGUGUCUCAGAUUAAAUGUGAUAUCUUUGAAGACUUCAGAAGACUAUUAUUCAAAUUGUUUGUAUGAGCUUUCUCUAGUUAUUUUAUAAAUGCAUGAUCAGCAUCUCUCACUUUUAUCAGGGAUUAAGGAAUAUAUCAUCCAUCCUUUAAAAAUUAUGUGUAGGUUGCUCUAAAUACAUUUUAUUGGCAGUUUUUGGUUUGGUAAUGAAAACAGUGGACAAGUUGCAAAAUUACUGAAUAUUGUUGUAUCUCAUAAACCCCAGUUGUUAGUUAUUACCUUAUUUGGGAGAUUUUGUUAUAGUCUUGAUUUUAUAGUGUCUGAUUCAUUCAAUUUAUGUAUUCUUUAUUUUUUACUUAUUUAUAUGACAUUGUUUCCCAAUUUUUAAAACAACCUUCUGGGCUUUUCUUAUGGAUGCAAGUCUUUCAUGCAAAAUUGUUUGAAAUGAAUGGUUUAUGAAGCAGUAAUGCUGUCUAAAUUGGGACCCCCAUGAUUUGGGAGCUUAUAAAAUAAGAAGCAAACAAAUGGAGAAGAGCAUUAUCUCCAUUGAGAUAUUUAUGUGGCUAGUGGUGUUUUUAAAAUUUUUUUUUAAAAGCUUUUGUUUAUAAAAUUGGUUCCACAAAUGGUUAUGUAUGUGAAAAGAAAAAUAUUUUUUUCAAAUUUCUAGUUACUGCACAUUACAUAUUGCUUCUUUUUAUACUGAUGACAUGUUUAUAUUUCUAACUUUAUUUACACCACCAAUACUAGCAUUGGUUUUACUAGUGGUAAAAUAUAAUCUAGUUAUAUUGAUAAUGUCCAAACAGCCAGUUCAGUGUACACUGCCAAGUUGCACUGGGUAAGCUACUUUGAUAUUUUGCUGACUACUGUAGUUUGCUAAACCCUUUUAUAGAAGUACCAAUGAUUUUUGUUUCCAAAUGUACUGUUUUGUUUGUACUAGCAAAUCUAUUAAAAUGAAUUGUAUAACUUC